AUGACUAUAGUUACAGCAUCUUGCACAAGAUCACCACUAAUGAACUCAUUAGACUGCAGUGUCGAAACGUUGGAUCCUCCUGAAUGUUAUUGUUAUUGUUAUUCGAAUGCAGGGUAUUGCAUUCAUUUCCUUGGACCAGAGUGGCGAGUGAAAACAUGCCUGCUACAAGGAAAUUAUUAAACGAAUUUUGUGUUUAGAAUUACGAUGCAUUGAUAGUGCGUUCAGCGACCAAAGUUACCGACGAGGUACUUAAAGCUGGCAGAAGAUUGAAACUCGUUGGACGUGCUGGUACUGGAGUUGAUAAUAUUGAUAUCAAGUCAGCAACACGAAAUGGAGUCAUUGUCAUGAAGUAUGCGCUACAUUACUUGGCUAUAUACUUGCAUUAUUGGCUGUUUACAGUAGUUGUUAUUAUUUUCUCUUUAGAUAUUCUUCAAAUUCUGCACUAAUACAUUGAGUUAAACCAUCAGCAAUCAGAAAUGUUAAUUUGAAACACUCCCCAAUAUAGCCCAAUCUUUUAGUAAUCUUCUAUUUUAAAUAAUCUACUGUGAUUUUAAACGUUGCAAAUCCGUGAACAUUGCACGGGGGGGGGAGUCUUGGCAACAUUAAGGUCUGACUCCAUCAAAUUCGUUGUGGAGAAACUGAAUGUUUGUGCCGGAGGUGGUUUUUUACAACGUGAAAAUUUUGCGAAAGUCAAAUUACUUCUUUUUCUUUGCGCUUUUGAGUACCACUAUAUAUAGUUAAAUUCUUUGUAUGUUUGCAUGGCGAUAAAAUAUAUAAUAGUUUUGUUUGUGGAAACACCACGUAAAUUUAUUACUGCAAAGCUUUCGAUCGAAAGCUUUGCAAUAAUAAAUUUACGUGGUGUUUCCACAAACAAAACUAUUAUAUAUAUGUAGUUAGUUGACAUUGUAAACCAAUUUGAUAAACCAACAAAUGACCAACUAUUUUGACCAACUUUAGACUCCCCGCAUCACAUGCAGUAGCGACGUCCCUGCACCUCAAGCUGUGGUAAAAAGGUUGGCGGCUAGCAUUUUGAUUUCCAACACACAGUGUUUCAAAUCUCUGUAAAGUAUAAAUCAGCCCAUUCUCGUGUAUGUUGAUAUCUGCCAUUAUACGUUUUAAUUUAGCACACCAAGUGGUAAUACCCUGAGUGCAGCUGAACAUACAUGUGCUAUGAUUAUUUCAUUAGCAAGGUCAGUCCAGUAUAUUUUAUCAUGGUAAUUGCUCUGACUCUUUCACAAUCCCUCAAAUUUGCUUCGAAAAAAACAUUAAAAUCAUGCAGGCGCAAAUUUGAUCGCAAAUUUUGCACAUUCAAUUUGGUCAGUGCCACCUGCAAGUGCAUGACUACUACGUAUAAUGAAGAAAAUAACUUCAUUCUCUCACUUUGAGAGACUCAAUUUGUCUGCUGCACCAGGUUGCUUAAUAAAUUACCCGCAUAUUGAAUCUUAGCCUUCAGGAAAAUAACUUGUUUCGGCUGAGAAUGUUUUGAUGUUCUAGAAAUAUACCUCAGGCAGCAGCGUCGAUGCGCAAUGGAAAAUGGGAUCGCAAGAAGGUAUUGUGCAAU